AUGGAAGAAUGUUACACAUAUUUAUCAACAGAAGAUAAUGAUAGGACAGAUAAAUCGCUCAGAAAAAAAACAAAUAUAAAUCAUUUUAAGCAGUUUUAUAUUUUGCACGAUAAAAAUAAAGAAUGUAGUAAGCAUAUAGAAAAGAAUUUUUUAGGAAAUAUAUUUAUAAGUAAGAAACUAAAAAAUGAAGAAGACACUUUAGGAGAUUCAAAAGAAUUAUGUAGGACAGUAAAUGAUACACUUACUUCUAAUUACUUUUUUAACAAUAAUAAACAAAAUAUAUCAGAAAUAACACAACUUGAUAAAAAUAUAAAUAUUUUAAAUUCAAAGGAUCAACAAUAUUGUGAUGAUGAGGAAAUUCUUUUAUAUAAUAUUCGUAGAAUGUAUGAAUCGAAUACUAAAUAUUGUAAGAAUGAAGAAACAGAAAAUAUUAAUUCAAAUAUAUCAAAUGUAGAUUGUUUUAAAUAUAAUAAUAAUAUAUAUCAAAAAAAUUCAGAAUAUAAUUCUUCUACAAAUGAAUCAGAUAUAUUUCAAAGUGUAAGAUCUAGUAAAAGUUAUAAUGAUAUAUUCACACAUUUAAACAAGAAGAAAAAGAAAAAUAAAAAAAAUAAAUUUAUUCAUAAUUAUGAAAAUAUGGUUAAUAUGAAACGUACACAUAUGAAUAAUAUAGGAGAUAUAAAAAAUCAACCUCUUGAAAAAUAUUCAGAAGAAUUUAUGAAAAAGGAAAAAAUGGAAGUAGCCAGUCUUUCCUUUAAAUCACUUUCAGAUGAUGAAAAUAAUUAUUCAUUCAUACAAACGUUUAAUCAUAUAAAUCAAAAUAUAUAUAUAAAGGAAAAUAAGAAAAACAUGAAAUAUAAUAACAAACAUAAUGAUGAUAACAAAAAAAAAUUAAAAAAUUCGAAUGUACUUCCUACCAAUUUUUUAUUAUCUCAAAAGGAUAUCAAAAAAUGUUCAGUAACUACUAAUGAAAAAUUGGAAAAGGAAGAAUAUAAAGAUAAAAAAAAUAUGUCAUAUAUAAAAAAUAAAAAUCUUCAUAAGAAUACCAAGGAUAACAUGAAAAAACAAAACAAAAUAAAUAUAAAUAAAUUUAAAAUGACGAAUAGUAUUGUUCAAAAUGUUCAUUUGAGAAAUUUACAAGAAAAUGAUACAAUCAAAAAUUUUUCAGAAAAAAAUAUAGAAAAAUAUAAUGAAUCUAUAGAAAAAAAUAAAUUAUAUGAAUCAUUAAAACAUAUAAAUAAAUCACUUAUUAGAAAAUCAUCAAUUUGUUCAUAUGAUAAAUUGGAAAAUUUUAAAAAUAAUUUUACUCAAAUUAAAAAAAAUGGAAAAAAUAAUACAUAUACUAUAGAUAAAAAAUUAGAAAACUCAUCAAGUAUAAAUAAAUACAAAUCAAAUAACUUUUCACAAGAUAAAGGAAUAUAUGAAGGUCUUAACAAAUACAAUACAUUUUCAUCAUUCAAAAAUUAUGAAUUAAAUAACACAAAAAUGGUAUCUUCCUUAGAUGAAAAUAAAAGUCAGAAUAUUAUAAGAAUGUCAAAAGAGAAAGAUAGUAAUGUGACAAAUAAUUUACAUAUACAAAAAUAUACAUAUAAUCAACAAGAUAAUAAAAAUAUUAAAUAUAUGUAUAAUUUGAAAGAUCCAUAUAAUUUGAAAAAAGUAAAUACUAAAUCUAUAGGAGUACAAAUAAACGUUAAAAAAAAAACAUCUACCAAAAAAAUAAACACUGUGAAUAUAUUUUAUUUCGAUCAUGUAAAAAGAAAAAAAAUCCCCAAAAUUAAAUAUAAAACUAUUACACAAAUAUAUAACUACGAUUUUGAUGCAAUAAUAGUUAAAGAUGGUCACAUAAUUUCAAGAAAAAAGGACCCAUUAAAAGAAUUGUUCCAAAAUUUUUUUAAAAAGGUUUAA